AUGCGAAUCAAGGAUACGGAAGGAUUCCAUUGUGUCGACGUAAACCGAAACCAAUCGGACAACGUGACCCCUCCGGUAACGCACCAUGGUGACGGUACGGUAGUGGCGGUGGUGAAGGUGAAGCUGCUUGACGAUAAGGGCUACUACAACCAUAACUUUGGCCUCAACGCUCAACCGCCACGGUUGCUACGAUCAAUUCCAACUCCCCGCAAACAGCAGCACCAACAGCAGCGGAAUGGAAAACUGAAACCGCCAGGAACUGGAUCGAAAAACGCACAAAUCGUCGGUGGAUGGUCGGCGGAGGAAGGUGAUGCUCCAUUCAUUGUUUCGCUCCGCAAUAUGGUGCACGAGCGGGAGCACGGUUUCGGAACGGGAUUGUAUUGCGGUGGCUCCCUGAUUAACGCUCACCUGGUACUGACCGCAGCUCAUUGCCUUAUCGUGGAACCACCGAACCUGGCCGUUGUGGCCGGUGUACUAAACCGCUACGAUCGGUCCGCGCGCAUGCAAUCCCGCACCGUCCUCAGCUACCUGGUCCCGCCCGAAUGGGACCGACCAACACUGUUCGCCGAUAUCGGCUUGAUAGCUCUCGAUAAACCCUUUGAGCUGAAGGGCCCCGAUACGAUUGGCAGCGUGCAACCGAUCGCACUUCCAACGAGCACUCCUCAAGAAGGAACCCGUUGUAUGCUGUACGGUUGGGGUAAGGCCCUCGAAGACCACUCCGGCCGUCUGUACUUUCCGAACUGGCUACAAAAGGCGGAAGUCGCCGUACUGAAUUUCGAGCGUUGCAACCAGUCCAUUAGCAUCAUGCUGCACGUCCCCGGUGGCACACUUUGUGCCGGAAGGUACGAAGGGCGCGUCGAUUCCUGCCAAGGUGAUUCCGGUGGCCCGCUGGUCUGUGGCGAUACUCCGACGGUCGCCGGUAUCGUGAGCUUCGGGUGGAAAUGUGGCCUUCCGGGGUACCCUGGGAUAUACACCGACGUGUUUCAGUAUCGAGAAUGGCUUCAGCUAUCGAUCGAAUCGGAUCCGCACACUUGGUACAAGGGCAGCGGGCCGGUGUCUCGGUGGAAUGCUCGUGGGAUAGCCAGCGUUCUCGUGAUUGCUACACUUCUACACUGGCACCGGCCACUGUGA